UUUCGAGCAAAAUAGUUCGUUGCAUUCCGGGGAAAUUAUAGUUUUUCUGUAUGCAAACUGAGUGGACACCUUAAACAUGUCUUAACUCUAGUAUACCAGGCUCUAAAGCAGACAGCGAAAAAAUUAUUCUUUCCCAACCAGCCAUAACUAUAAAACAUUUCAUAGAGUAACUGUGAUGCGAAAACAGAACAUGUGGUACGCACAUUUAUUUCAAUUUCUUCGUCGACAUACUCCACUGGCAUCUGGCAAGCAGACAGGAUUUUGUACCAACGUGACCAACCGCCAACGUAGACAACUGAAAACAACCGAUUAACAAAAGCCAACUUCAUCCACAGUACGAACACUUAGUGAUUACAUAAGUGAUAAGAGUUACCGAUUCAAAUCGACCACAACUGAUAGCUGGAUGGACUACUUGUGAACGACUUUUUUUUUUUACAACGAUCCGUGGGUAACCCGGGUUUUUGAGAACUGAGGCCGAGUCUUUUUCCGAUAGCCCUAUUUUUGUAGAUUUGGCAACAUGCAACAGGUACAGCAACAAGUCUUUGUUCCAGCCGUCAAGCUCCAAUGGAAAAGAAAUUGGGUCUGAAUUCGUAACAUGAGAACUGUUGAAAAUUAUUUCUAUGAUCCUGACAGAAACCAUUCAGUUUAAUUCAAUACCUACUUUUUUGGUUGGAUAAAAUUACAAACUACUCACUAUGUUUUGUUUAAACGCCGUGUUCCUGCGCACGUUCUGUUUCUUGUUUGUGCUGCAGAAGGCUUGUUCCGACGACGAUGGUUCCAGUGAAGAUUUAGUGUUUUCAAGCUCAUUGCUGGAAAGUAUGCCACAUUUUCCUUUGAACAUGUUUGGAGACGAUGAAGAAAACAACCUAGAUAUUUCUGGAAAUGGUACACUUGGUCUACUAUCUCCUAACCUGAAUUUGAAUCACCAUACCAAGUAUCAAUGCCACUCCUGUGAACAACCAGAUUGUUUGGAAGAAACUGUUUGCCAUAAUGCUUACCAGUGUUGGAAGUCCAGAGUCAGAGAUCUCUCUGGUCUGGAGUCAGUUUCGAAAGGCUGCACCACAAGUGCUGAACAAGUUGUACUCUAUUGCAAUACAUUGUCCUUUGAUGGAAAUGGAGAAUAUCAAAGGGAGAGCAGUUCAUAUGCCAUUGAAUGUUGUGAAGGAAACUUUUGCAACAACGGAUCUUUUCCUGUGCUUCCUACCACCCAAUAUUCAGGAAGCUCUGAAACUGAUGAUUACCAUGCAACUAUUUUGCGUCUGAUGCUAGCUAUCCUUUGCCCUGUUGUCAUAUUGGGAAUUGCACUUGCCAUAAUUCUUCUGAUGAUGCGCCAUUGGCAUAGACGUCGUAUGGCUCGUCUCACAAUUAUGGAAGGAUCACAAGAUCCAGAAUAUACUUACAGGGAUGAAUUGCGAGUUACAGCUGCUGGAGAUAGUACCUUGCGAGAGGUGUUCGAACAUUCUGUCACGUCUGGAAGUGGCUCUGGUAUGCCUUUACUCAUACAGCGAACAUUGGCUAAACAGAUCACGCUAGGAGAGUGUAUCGGGAAAGGAAGAUAUGGAGAAGUUUGGCGGGGAUUGUGGCAUGGGGAAAGUGUUGCCGUCAAGAUUUUCUUUUCCAGAGAUGAAGCGUCGUGGACCCGCGAAACGGAAAUCUAUAGUACUAUGUUAUUCCGUCACGAAAACAUCUUGGGAUACAUUGGAUCAGACAUGACGUCCCGCAACUCAAUCACACAGUUGUGGCUUGUGACACAUUACCACCCAUUAGGAUCUCUUUACGAUCAUUUGAACCGCCAUUCGCUCAACCACGUACAACUUUUGCAUCUAUGUAUAUCAGCCAUCAGUGGCAUUCUUCACCUUCAUACUGAAAUAUUCGGGACUCAGGGCAAACCAGCAAUAGCCCAUCGGGAUAUCAAAACGAAAAAUAUUCUGGUUAGAUCGAAUGGAAUGUGCGUGAUAGCAGAUUUUGGCUUGGCAGUGACUCACACGCAAACGACGGGAGAAAUGAAUGUUGCCAACAAUCCUCGUGUGGGAACCAAACGCUACAUGAGUCCCGAAGUCCUGGAUCAAACAAUCAAUAUGAGCAUCUUUGAAUCUUUUCGGCGAGUGGACAUGUACGCGUUUGGUCUUGUGUUAUGGGAGAUGUGUCGACGUACUGUGUCAUCAGGGCUUGUUGAAGAGUAUCGACCUCCAUUUUUUGAUAUGGUGCCGUCUGAUCCAAGUUUCGAAGAUAUGCGGAAGGUUGUCUGCAUUGACCAAUACCGACCCGUCGUUCCUUCCUACUGGGAAUCAGAUCCAAUUUUGUCUGGCGUUUGGAUUUUAAUGAAGGAAUGCUGGCACCAAAAUCCGAACGUCCGUCUGCCAGCUCUUCGGCUAAAGAAGUCUCUGUUAAAACUAGCUAUGCAAGACUCUUCUCUAAACUUUCGACUGGAUUUUUAAUGACAACCUGACUUUAAAUAUCAUUUAGAUUUUCUCAGAAAUUCCGAAGAAUCUCUUUCAAGGCAGUUAAGUUCACGUGUAUAAUCAUGUUAGGUUUUGCCCUUGGUUUGUCGUCAUACUUCUACAGCUCUUUAGGCAAAGUGUGAGAGGAGCGCCUUAGAUGUGUAUUGUUGCUAGAGAAGAGCUCGACCCGCGUGAUUCUUUGCACCCACACCGUAUUUUGUGGAAUUGGCAAAGAAAACUCCAAAGUGCCAUAAGUUGUAUUUGCCUUGCCCAUCCGUAACCUUUUUAUGUUGUUGACUACAGUGUGCCAAGAAUGGUAUCUAUCGGAUUCUUCAACCUUUUUUUUCGAAAACAUGAAGAAUCCUGCGGAACAUUCUGCUUUAAUUAAAACAAUGUAAUAUUGUUUUUUUUUUUGCGUUCCGAAAUACGAACCUUGUGACCCUCAAAACA